AUGGCUACAGAGAACAUUCGCCAGCAACACCAGGAGCUGACCAGCGGUAUCACUCUGGACGUUGUGGGCGCCAGUCCGGAUGGACGCAAAGCAGGGGAUGGAACUCAAGCUGACCCUAAGUCUACCAGAGGGCAGUGGUCAAGCCGACUGGACUAUAUCAUGUCCAUGAUAGGCUACUGUGUUGGGUUUGGAAAUUUGUGGAGAUUUCCAUACAUCUGCAACAGGAAUGGCGGAGGUGCUUUCGUGAUUCCAUUCAUGAUAUUCCUCAUCAUCACGGGUCUCCCGAUGUUCUACCUUGAAGCAGCUCUGGGACAGUUCUCUGGGAAAGGGGCGGUCCAAGUGUGGAACUUCUGCCCUCUCUUCAAAGGUAUUGGCAUUGGUUGUAUAGUCCAGGUCGCCAUCUGUCUGCCCUACUACAACAUCCUGCUGGCGUGGCCCAUCUACUACCUGGUGCGAUCCUGCACCACCGUCCUGCCCUGGACAACGUGUGGCAACUGGUGGAACACGGACCUUUGUGUAGAGGACAUCUCCCUUCUCAGAAACAUGUCCACGAACUCCUCUCACAUGAUCACAUCCCAGUCUGCCGCCAAUGGCACCGACACCAACACUGCCGCACUGUGGAGGAACACGACUUUGGCUCACACGGCUGUGGAGGAGUUCUAUCAGUACAAUGUUCUCCGUAUUUCAAAUGGAAUACAUGAAGUUGGCUCAGUUCAGUGGCACUUGGUGGGAUGUCUCUUUGCUUCUUAUGUCAUUAUUUUCCUGUGCCUGUUUCGUGGAGUGAAAGCUACUGGGAAGAUAGUGUACGUGACUGCCCUGCUGCCCUACAUUCUCCUGACCACGAUCCUGAUUAGAUGUCUGAUGCUGCCAGGCUCUUCUGAUGGCAUCGCGUAUUACAUGAAACCAGAUUUCAGCAGACUGCUUGACAUUCAGGUGUGGACAGAAGCUUGUCUUCAGGUGUUUUACAGCCUGGGCCCUGGAUGGGGCAUCAUAGUGACAACAUCCAGCUACAACAAGUUCACUGAACCCACGUUACGCGACAGCAUUAUUCUGUGCGUUGCAUCGGAGGGCACGAGCAUAUUUGCUGGCUUUGUCACCUUCUCUAUCCUGGGAGUGAUGGCCGAGAGAGUGGGUGUGUCAGUCACGGAGGUCGUGUCAUCAGGUGAGGCAAUCCGUGAUGCAAUUUCUGUUCGCGGAGAUCGUGUCUACGGCCCUCAUUGA